GAAGAAACCAGCUCGAUGGUCAUGGACAACCAGUCGAGCGAAGCCGAGAUGAACACAGUCCAGUCGCCGCAGACGGAAAAUCGGGAUCGAUUGGGCCCGGAAGAGUUGAAGGCAUUCCUCAGCGAGCGAUACUUGGCUCCCCAUCAACACCUCCCUCCACUCUGGUCAUCAACCCAGAUCACCCACUGGGAUGAAAACCCUCUGUUGGACUUGGCUCGCCAGGAGUCGAUCAAUGAGUUUUUGCACACUCAGCCGAGCCCGAUGUCCACCCACUUGGACUUCAUCUUCGCCGGACUCGAGGGCGAUGUUGUGGAUUGCGUGGUGUCUGAACAAUCAUCCGACUCAUUCCUUACUUCCAAGACAUCCUCAUCCGUGAUCAGACAACCAGCCAACUACACAUCUGAUUUCAUUCGGGGUCGUUCUGGGAAUUUGCCUUUCCAACCAGGGGGCCUCCUUUCCUCAGUCGUUGUUGAACCUCUCUCGGAUCCGAAUGUCAAUGCCAGCGAUGAGCUUGAGAAGGAUCUCGAAUCGACGCGUGGGGGUAUUCGGACGAUUCCCCCGGGUUUCACGCGAGGUCUGGAUUUUGGAGCUCAAGAAGCCGACGGAGCUGAGGAUGGAUUACAAUCAACGUUUCCAGCUGCCAAUCUCAAUCCAGUUCAACUAGACCCAAUCUAUGUUUCUUCAUCAAACACAAACUGGCGACGACAGAACAAGGACAAUCAGUCCAACAGUUUGCAGGGAGAUACGGGGCGAAUAGAUACAGAAGUGGAUGCACUUCUUUCAGAUACACAAUAUGCAUUGACCAGUGCCAUGCCAGUGAUCAAACCUCGCCGUCAACCAGUGGUGUCAAAGCGCGAUUGGGCUCAUGUGGUGGACGUCAAUAAAGAACUGGCCAACUUCCGUGAGUUGGUGCCCAACAUGGCCCGACAGUAUCCCUUCGAGUUGGACACUUUUCAGAAAGAAGCAAUCUAUCACCUUGAAAUGGGAGAUUCCGUCUUUGUAGCUGCCCACACCUCUGCAGGGAAAACAGUAGUAGCAGAAUAUGCCGUGGCUCUUGCACGUCGCCACAUGACCAGAUGCAUAUACACUUCUCCGAUUAAGGCUUUGUCGAAUCAAAAAUUUCGCGAUUUCAGACAGACCUUUGACGCCGAGACCGUUGGAAUCCUCACUGGGGACGUUCAAGUGAACCCCGAAGCUAGCUGCUUGAUUUUGACAACAGAAAUCUUGAGAAGCAUGUUGUACAAGGGCGCUGAUCUGAUUCGCGAUGUGGAAUUUGUGGUGUUUGAUGAAGUUCACUACAUCAACGAUUCCGAGCGAGGGGUUGUGUGGGAAGAAGUCAUCAUCAUGUUGCCAGCCCACGUUACCAUCAUUCUUUUAUCAGCAACGGUCCCGAAUACCAAGGAAUUUGCAGAUUGGGUUGGACGUACGAAACGGAAAGACAUUUAUGUCAUUAGUACGCCCAAGCGACCGGUUCCACUUGAACAUUUCCUUUACGCCAAUAAGGAAAUCCAUAAAAUCGUUGAUGCCAAGGGUGAAUUUCUGAGCCAAGGAUGGAAGGAUGCGAUUGAAAGCAUGAAACGCUUGCAAGUCAAAGAACGGGAAGCUUCGGGACAGGCCCCGCUCACGAGGCUAGGCCACAAUGCAGCCAAACAAGGUCCACAACGUGGUCAACAGCGUGGCCGGGCCGAUAAGCGCGGCGGAAGGGGUUCUCAGUCUUCUAGUCACUUCUCAUCAGCUAUGAGCCGCGGAGGGGGCGGUGGCCCUAAUAGCGGACGCGGACAUCAAGAAGAUCAGAAUCGGUGGGUACAUUUGGUCGGGAUGCUCAAGAAAAAAGAAUUGCUGCCGGUCGUUGCUUUCACUUUCUCCAAAAAACGAUGCGAAGAAAACGCGACUAGUAUGCCAAAUACCGAUCUUUGUUCGGCCAAGGAAAAGAGUGAAAUUCAUAUCGUCAUUGAGCGGAGCUUGACCAGACUGAAUGGUACGGAUAAAAAGCUGCCACAAAUCAUUCGAAUGCGGGACUUGCUUGCUCGUGGAAUCGCUGUUCAUCACGGUGGCUUGCUGCCUAUCGUCAAGGAGGUAGUCGAAAUUCUAUUUGCUCGAGGCUUGGUCAAAAUUUUGUUCGCUACGGAGACAUUUGCGAUGGGUGUAAACAUGCCUGCUCGUUGUGUGGUAUUUUCCGGCAUCCAGAAACACGAUGGUCGAUCGUUCCGUGAGCUUCUAUCUGGUGAAUAUACUCAGAUGUCAGGCCGAGCUGGUCGUCGUGGGUUAGAUAGCACCGGAGUUGUGAUAAUUAUUUGCGGGAAUGAAGUACCCGAUACGGUCGGCCUACACAAAAUGAUCUUAGGUCCUGCAACGAAACUCCAAUCUCAGUUUCGAUUGACAUAUAACAUGGUUUUGAACUUGUUGAGAGUUGAAGCGCUGCGAGUGGAGGAAAUGAUUAAAAGUAGUUUUUCUGAGAACGCUCAACAGAGAUUACUUCCUGACCAACAGAAAAAGAUCCUCGAGGGUGAACGUGAAUUACUGGCAUUGCCAGUUCAGGAUGAUUCGGAUUCAAUUCAAAAUAUAAGGCGUUACCACGAAGUUUCCAGUCGUCUAGUCGAAUUGAAUUCGCAGUUGCUUGAAUCUGUGGCCAACCAUCCAAGCGGAUCUCGCGCCCUGUCCGCAGGACGAUUGAUAAUAUUAAACGACAAUCAUUUUCGACACAACCUUGCCGCGAUUUUGAAGCCUGCCCAGUCUUUGCGUGCUAAUGCCGAUGGUCGCCUGGAUCAUACCCGCAGCUUUUUUGUUCUAGCUUUCGUCCCUCCCGCAAUACGCUCAAAAUCUAGUGAUAUUGCUGCUGAUGAAGUCCCUCCUGAAUGGCCACCACUCAUUAAACCUGGCACCUCCGACUUAACAUAUGAACUCGCUGUGGUACCGAUCACUUCGAUAAGCCUACUGACGAAGCACAUGCUCAGUUUGAAUGUAAACGAGAUUGCAGACCAGCAUCGCAAGUCACACAUGGUAGAAGCCUUGGAGAAAGUGAUCUCCUUAGGGCUACUCGAUCAAUUGGCAAGAACGCCUCGCAACCAGCUCUUGCCUCAGUUUGAAUUGGAACACCCAAAACUGCGAAGCAUGGAGUUUCAGGACCUGUUUUAUCGUAGAACCCAAGACCUAGCUCUUUGGGAAAAUCUAUCCUCCGUCGAGAAUGAUAAGGAAUUCGAGAAACUGUACGCCGCAAUACAUCGAGAGAAAAUAAUCACUCAACGGCUAGCUCUCUUACAAGCAAGCUUGAGCGAGCAAAACUUGGAACUGUUACCGGAUUACGAAAACCGGUUAAAGGUUCUUAAAGAGCUCAAAUUUAUCGAUAAUCGCGCCACAGUAUUGCUCAAAGGGCGCGUGGCAUGUGAAAUCAACUCUUCUCAUGAGCUAAUCUUGACCGAAGUGAUACUGGACAACAUCUUGGCAGAUUUCGACCCUGCGGAAACAGUGGCUCUCCUCAGCUCAUUUGUCUUCCAAGGCAAGACUGAGAGCGAGCCAUUCCUGACGCCUAAUCUCCAACGAGGAUGCGACCGACUGGCCAAGAUCGCCGACCGGAUCGAAGCUGUCAGCUUGAGGAACAAAGUCGCCGAUCAUGAUCAGGCCAAUUCGGGAAAAGGUAGACCGAACUUUGGAAUGGUAGAAUUGGUGUGGCAAUGGGCGCAGGGCAUGCCAUUUUCCGAGUUGAUGGAGAUGAGCGAGAUCCAAGAAGGAGUGAUCGUACGGACAAUGACUCGAUUGGAUGAAUCCUGUCGAGAGGUUCGAGAUGCGGCGAGGAUCAUCGGUGAUAUUUCGUUGGGCAAAAAGAUGGAAGCUUGUCAGGCUCUGAUUCGCAGAGAUGUAGUCUUUGUUAGCAGUCUGUAUAUUUGAAAUUCACACUGCUUCUCGAUCUCCCUUUAUCGUUACUUCGGCGUUGGUCAAGGUUUUGGAAGAGAAAUGGAUCGGCUAGGCUUAUCAAUCAACGUUGAGUAGAAAGUGGUUGAAUAAGAUGAGGGUUUCGAGCAGCUCUCAUUCUGGCUGGUUCUGGAUCCGAACCUCCUCUGCUGACCGUGUCUGUAAUUAAGUUGUCCAUUUUGGCCAUGGAGAUGCGAAAAGUUUCAUCGAGAGAAGACGCUCAAAUUCAUAAAAACUGCUCAAAUCCCUUCAACCAACUCACUUCAGCA